AAUUCGCGUAACAUAACAGCACCGCCAUAUUUGAAUGGAUAGAAAACAAUUUCAUGAGUUUUACUUGGCACGAGGAUGAUCGAAAUAUGUCAAAAAACUAUGUAAUGUGUAAUGAGGAAGUAAAGCAGUAAUAGAGUUGUAAUGAGAAUCUGAACAUCUCGACCUCAUACUCUUCAAGUAUUCAAGGAAGCGAUACAGGAAAGAUGAGUCGAAGUAAGAACAACACCAUUAAGACCUAUGGUCGACACAGACAAAGAGUAAUAACUGCAGACAUUUGGAUUCGGGAUGAGGAGAAGCAAGCAGACUUUGGAACUGGGCUGUUCAGUAGCAGUGAUAAUGGCAGUUUGGAUUCCUCAGAUCAGAACUCGACAAACAAUAGCCUGUUUGCUGGACAAGUAACUAGAAGCUCGAAGAAAACCAUGAGAGGAAAGAACAAGGAGAAUGCUGGGAAGGUACACAACAGGCGAGUGCUGAGGAAAAGACUUGCAUCUGAUGGGGAUAGUUGCUCCAGCACGGGUAGUGACAGUCUGUUUCGAUCGAGUCGUCCCAGGAGGGCCCUGAAAGAUAGGAACUACAAUGAACAGGUCUCAGAAAAAUGCGGAUAUGGAGGAAAACGGAAAAGAGUUCCAAAAACUGUCCAGACUUGUCAGAAAUCAGACUCGCUUUCUUCUGUUACAAAUUUCAGUGAAUUUGAGGACUAUAGUCUCGUGAUAUCUGGAUCUCCUGUACAGAAUAGCAGCCCCCACACAAAAGGAGGAAUAUUUUCCCCACAUCAGUUACGUAGUCAAAGUAAAAUUGAAACUAGUACCCCUUGUGCCAAGCGGACUUGUUCUGCCAAUGACAUUAAUAAUUUAUCAGUGAUUGACCAUGUGGAAGAAGACAUUUCAUUGUCUGCGACUGAUAAUUUGGAGCAAAGCUCAUGUGCUGGGAAAAGUCUUCCACGAGUCUGUAAUGUGUCAGAAGUCAGCACUACAAAUAAAUCAGUGUUUAGGAAUUCAGAAGAUGCGAGUCAUACGAGCCCUGUAAACACAUGCCUGGUACAGAUGGAAAAGCUAAGACAGAGUGUAUUAUCCAUGCAUGUGUCUCAUCGAAACUCAAAACAGUCAAAUGCUGAUUUCUCUGAUAGCCUCUUCAGUAGCUUUGAUGAGAAGAGUUCCUCCCGGUCGUGUGUGACUGCCGAGUCCAAAUUAGAGUCUGAAGAAAACAAUGAAAAGGAUGCUGAAACUGAGGAGGAGAGUGAAGAUGAUGAUUUAAGUAAGAUUAGUGAAGAAGAAAACAAUGAGGAGGAGGACAAAAAUGUGACAAAGUUCAUGCUUGUAAGUCCUGAAAUUGACAACUUCUACUCUGCUCAGUCCUCGCUGUCAUCCAGAGGAAGUCCUGAUGUUUCUGUCAACAAAAGUCCUGAUGUUUCUGUCAACAAAAGUCUCAAUAAGUCUCACUUUGAGAUUCUGACGCCUCAGAGACAGCAGAGUGUCCCCACGGUCUUGCCCCGCUCUAGAGUGCUGGAGGUUUGUCAGCAGGAAGAUAUAGAGACAUUCCAGUCCUGCAUCACCAGCAGUAUGAUGAGGCAGUGCAGAAAGGUUGGAGAAGGGGUGUAUGGAGAGGUUUUCCGUACUAAAAGAGGACAGAACUCAGUUGCUCUCAAAAUCAUUCCAGUUGAAGGGGAUUUUGAAGUUAAUGAUGAGAAGCAGAAGACUUUUGAGGAGAUAUUGCCGGAAAUUGUCAUCUCUGUUGAGUUGAGUUUGCUGAGAGAUAAUGAGCAAUGCUACACCAAAAACUUUUGUGAAGUUCAAAGGGUUUCUUGUGUGAAGGGAAAAUAUCCGUCCAAGCUUCUGACCGAAUGGAAUACUUUUCAUGAAGAGAAAGGUUCUGAAAAUGAUAAUCCAGUAAUGUUUAAGGAGAAUCAACUAUUCAUCAUGUUUGAGUUUGCUGAUGGAGGGAAAGACUUGGAAUCUGCUCAGGAUUCCAAUUUUAGGCAUUUCUAUGAAGAGUGCUUGAAUUUGGAAAACAAAAGUGAAGAAAGUGCAUACUUUAAGUUCAACAAUAUAUUUGAGGCCAAGAGUGUGUUUGAACAAGUGACAUUUUCCCUGGCAGUUGCAGAGGAAGCUCUUCAAUUUGAGCACCGAGAUCUUCACUGGGGAAAUGUAUUGGUCAAGAAAACAGAUGUUAAAGUUGUUGACUAUGUCGUGCUGGGACAGUCCUUUCAGGUGGAGUCUCAUGGAGUACAAGUCAGCAUUAUAGAUUUCACCUUGUCGCGGCUUGAUAAAGAUGGCUGCAUCACCUACUCUGAUCUGUCUAAGGAUGAGACACUGUUUGAAGGAACUGGUGAUUAUCAGUUUGACAUCUAUCGGAAAAUGAAGGAGCUCAAUCAAAAUGAUUGGAAGGUGUUCCGUCCCCAGACCAAUGUAUUCUGGCUACAUUAUUUAGCCGACAAACUCAUCCGAGGAAAACGGUACAAAAGAAAUACCAAAAUGGACCAAGGUCUGCUGCGAGACUUCCGAAAUUUUUCCAAGGAAAUGUUGAAUUACUCAAGUGCUUGUGAUAUGCUAGUCUCGUCUGAUUUCUUUUCUUCAUGACUGACAGAGAAAACAUUUUAAAUGGCAGCAGUAGUUUUAAUUAUAUUCAGUCUUGGUGCAUUUGUACCCAUUAGUGUUUUAUUUCCAGUAUCUCUUCAAUGAACAUAUAAUCCCAAUAAACUCAACUGAAAUGUACGAAAUUAAUUGUACCACAGAUCUUUGACUUUGAGUAGAAUUUACCAAACACUGCAGGACAAAUGACAUGUUUCACAUGCGAGACUUUUUAUCUUGUACAUAAGUUUUGAUUGUAUUCAGUAUCACAGCAUGUUUUCAUCUUUAAAAAUUGGUUUGAUGUAUGGAAACGUGAUAUUGGAUUUGUGUGUAAUUUAUUUUUUCAUGUCAUAUUAAAAAUUUUCAAAUAUCAACAUGAACAGAGAAAUUUAAGAUGUGACCAUAAAUGAUUCAUAGAUGAUGUCUGAUUAAACCAUUACUUGUAAAUAGA